GUUUACGUACUUCAGAUGCCACGGCGCUAUAAUAAACUAUAUAAAGAUUCUUCUUUCAGUGUCAGUCAUCAGCUGGUUCUUCUCCUCUGUUUCAGCCAUCACCACUCAGCUAAGAUGACAUCAGUCUUUCUGAUCUCUGUGUGUCUCUGUCUGUCCAGCGGACUGCUGGCUGCAUACGGUGACCCCCCCUGUCCUCCUGAUUGGACUCAGUUUGGCUCUCGCUGUUUCAGUUUCAACAUCCAGCCAAAGACCUGGAUCGAUGCAGAGACCUUCUGCCAGACCGCUGGAGGGAAUCUGGCUUCCAUCCAUUCAGCCGAGGAACAUAAAUUUAUCAGAGACUACAUUAACCAAGUGUCCACUACAAACACAUAUACCUGGAUCGGAGGCUUUGACGCAGUGAAGGAGGGUACGUGGUUGUGGUCUGAUGGAUCCAAAUUUGACUUCACCUACUUCAACGCGGGCCAGCCUGACGGGGGUGCAGUGGAGAACUGUCUUCUGAUUUACUAUGGAGUAACCGCUGGUACGACGGGCCUUGUGGCAGCAUAUUUUCUUUCGUGUGCUCCAAGGACAGCGUGCAACCCUAGACUUUCAAUGAUAAUAUAAUAUUCAUAUUAAUAU